ACGAAAUGCAGCGACGCGAGGAAUCAAUUGCUCGUUCGGCCAUCGCUGGAAGCGCAGAGUAGAGCAGAGCGAUCGCUGCGUGCGUGGCUGGCGUUCAUGAAGUGUUGUGUCGUAAUUGAGGUGGAGCAAGUUGGUGGUGAUUCUUCGCUGCAGCCAGCCAGAGGAGGGUGAUGCUGCGCAAAUUCCUCCAAUCGUCUGUUCAAGCCACACGCCGUGCGUUUGCAUGGAAUUUACAGGAUCUUAGUCCACCGGCAGAGCAGGUUCUUUUUAAAUUUGCUACGACGAAGGAUGUGAGCCAGUGGGACGUAUACUCUGAUGCAGUUUACGGCGGGCUGUCGACUGCAACACUGAAGCCGAGUGAAAAUAAUGGCGAAGCUGGGGUUUUCAGUGGUACCUUAUCGAUUGAACUGGAUGAUAGAGCUCCAUUGAGGCUCAAAAAAAGCGGUUUCACGGGAAUGCGAACCGCAGAGGAGAAGCAUAAUCUUGAUUUGGAGCCGUAUGACACACUUGCAUUCAAGGUCAAGGGUGAUGGCCGUGUGUACAUCUCAAGUCUUCGAACAGAGAAUUGGGUGAUGGGACCUGUCGAUGCUAAGUUCAACCAAUGGCAGGCUUUUUUGUUUGCACCAAAAGAUGAAUGGUGUACAGUUAAGAUACCGCUGAAUCGCUUCCUUCCCACAUGGAGAGGCAAAAUCUUAAAUGUAAAUCAUGAAAUGAAUCUUGCUCGCAUCACGGGCUUAGGCAUAUCAACAACGGUGGAGGUGGGUCCGGAAGAAGCAGUGACGGGACCCGGAGAGUUUAGGCUUGAGUUGGAGUGGAUCAAGGCAAUUAAGAGUGAAAGUUGAUUCGAGUGAUCUCGAGCCUGUCGGGAACUAUUUUUCUAGCCUUCACGAACGGAAUGUAGCAAGAUAAUUAAUGAAGGACGUUCUGCCCACUUUGCUAACAC